CAUCCAUAAAUCCCAUUGGGAUGAUUAUUAGGUAAAGAAGUAGUUGACAGCUUCUCUCUUUCAUCAAUCAUCCAACCCAAAAAAAAAAGAAAAAGAAGAAGAUGAAAGCAUCAGGUCGAAAGGCUCUCCAGCCGAGAAACAUCUUCGUGACGACAAUUAAGGAGGAGGAUACUUUAGUAAAACCCAAAGCUGCUGAAGAGCUGCUGAAGGAGAAUCUGAAACAGAGUGUAGAGACAAUCGAUGCUUCUCUAGCGGAGGAGCUGAGAGCCUUCAAGAAGAAACUUGAGAGGCAGAGAGAGGAUCGUGAGCGCACUGAGAAGCUGCUCAAUGAGAGGGAUGGAUUCAUAGAUGUGCAGAUGAGCCAUCUUCUCCAGAGAGGAGACACUCAGAAAACCCUUGAAAUCCAGGUCGAUCGUCUCUUUCGAUUGAAGGAGCUCCACGCCUAUUCCUCCCAGAAGAUUUCCCCGAUGCGAUCUCUGAGAGACAAGGAGCAUGAGAAGAUGAGGCGCUUCAGCUUCGAACCAGAACCAGUGGCAGAAGAAGAAAGCCCCGUGAAUAAGAAUCUCGAGAUCGCAAAUGAGGAAGCCCAAGAGAUGAUGAACGCAACUACCGACGCCGCCACACUUUGAUCCUUCCAAGAUUGUAAUGUCUCGUUACUAUUGGGCUUUUCUCUUUGUCCACAGGCCCAUCUUUUUUCCUUUUUAUCAAUCCAAUCCUCCAUCAUUACUCUCUUUUUAUUAAGAUAAUCCUUCGUUAUUUGAGAAACCAUUUUCACUAAUUUAUUAUUCCCUUUCUUUUCUUUUUUUUGUCGGCAACUAAUGUAUUUGAUUAAUCCAACAAGGUAUUCUUUUAAAAUUUAA